CCCGCAUUUGUGUGCUGAACUUGAAGGCCCGCAGUGACUCUCUAGCGGGCAAAGGCUGGAAGGCCCAAUGGCCCCGAAUCAUUGCAUCGGAGCCCUUUGGUCCAGGGGCCAGGUCGGAACCGGAGGGCGGUUGUCGGGCCAGCGCCGCUGGUGCGGAUGCCCUUCGGGGACCCUCUGUCCCUGAGGGCCGUCGCCGGCAGUCGGGCGCCCAGCGGGGUGACUUGGCUCCUGGGUCAGCGGGGCUGGCGCCUGGCCAGAAAGUCGCCCUGAGUUGGAGGGGGCCGUGGGGGGUGGGCGCUGGGCUUCAGAAUCUGGGGAACACCUGCUACGUGAACGCGGCGCUGCAGUGUCUGAGCCACACGCCGCCCCUGGCCAGCUGGCUGGUGUCCCGGCAGCACGCCACCCUCUGUCCGGCCGGCAGCUCCUGCACGCUCUGUGCCAUGCGAGCUCACGUGACCCGAGCCCUCCUUCACGCGGGAGAGGUGAUCCGGCCCCGCAAGGACCUGCUGGCGGGCUUCCACAGACACCAGCAGGAAGAUGCCCACGAGUUUCUGAUGUUCACUCUGAAUGGCAUGCAGCAAGGGUGCCUGAGUGCAUCCCAGCCGUCGGGCCACGCCUCCGAGGACACCAGCGUCGUCCGUCAGAUCUUCGGCGGGACGUGGAGGUCUCGGAUCCAGUGUCUCCACUGCCUCGGUGUCUCGGACACGUUCGACCCUCAUCUGGACGUCAGCCUGGAUAUCACGGCGGCUCAGAGUGUGGAGCAAGCUCUGAGAGAGCUGGUCAAGCCCGAGAAGCUGGAGGCGGAAAAUGCCUAUGACUGUGGCGUUUGUCUCCGGAAGGUGCCUGCCACCAAGAGGUUGACUUUGCACAGCACGUCCCAGGUCCUGGUGCUGGUGCUGAAGCGGUUCACACAGCUGAGCGGGGCCAAAAGGGCUCAGGAGGUGCGCUAUCCCCAGCGCCUGGACGUGCAGCCCUACACGUCUGAGGGGAAGGCAGGGCCACUGGGCUACGUGCUCUAUGCCGUGCUGGUGCACUCCGGGUGGAGCUGUGAGCGAGGACACUACUUUUGUUACGUCCGAGCCGGCAACGGCCAAUGGUAUAAGAUGGACGAUGCCAAGGUGACCGCCUGUGACGAGACUGCUGCCCUGAGCCAGAGCGCCUACGUCCUGUUCUACGCCCGGGAGGUGCGUGGGAAGGGGGCGCUGGGGAGGGGCAGCGGCCCCCUCGGGGCUGACCCCGCAGACCCGGGCAGCCUGCAGGAGACGCCAGCGGCAGAGCUCCUGGGUCGCAGGAGUCCCCGGGGGACACAGAGGCCGAAGGGAUGA